AUGAAUAAAACUCAAUUUGAAAAAUAUCAUAUUUAUGACAUUUGUUAUUAUUGUGAAUUGAAAAGCAUUCAUUUAUUAUCAUUAAUUAAUAAGAAAUAUCAUACCACUAUUACAAAUUCAUUAUUUGCUUUUGAUACAAAUAAUUGUUCAUUUAAUCAAAAUGCAAAAUUAUUUGAAGGUGAUUUUAUGAAUUUAUUUUCUUGUUCUUUUAAUUCUUGUGACUCUUUAUCAAUAUCAAUUGGUAAUAACAGUUCACUCAUUAACCAAUUGAACACUUCAGAAGAUGAAGAUGAAAUAGAAUUACUUCCUGAUACAAAAGAAAUACCUCCAAUAGAUCCUGAAUUUGAUCAAUUAAUGCAAAAAUCAUUAAAACCAAUUAAAUCAAAAGUUCAUUCAUUAAAAGUAUUUUUACCUACAAAAUGUUUAACAUCAUUUAAAUCAUUCAUUUCAUUAGAAAAAUUAACUAUUUCAUAUGAUUUAUUAUUCACAACAUUUCCAACAUUAAAUCAAGGAAAAGUACCUCAAUAUCUUCAGAAAUUCCCAUUAACAUAUUUUUGUAUUAGUGAUGUACCACUUCCAUUAUGUAAAGAAAUUAAUCAAAUCUUUUCAUUAAUAGACCAUUACUGCAAAAAAGUUAUUAUUCCAUCAAAAACAUUAUUUACUAUUGAACUUCUUGAAUUACUUCAAAAAACUCCAAAUAUCAUUUUCUUUAUUCAUCAAUUUAUUCAUCAAAGUCUUAUUGAAUAUCUUCCAUCAAAUGUUAUUAUUCAUCCAUUAAUUGUUGACCAAAUGAGUCAGAAAUAUUCUGGUUAUAAAGUUAAUUUUACCUCUUUUUCUAAAAAAUAUUUCCCAUUCUCUAUUUCAUGUCAACAUGUUCAUUCAAUCUAUUCAACAAUGUAUUUAUAUGCUAAUGGUGAAUUACCAUCUUUUGUAUCUUAUAAAGAUCUUCUUUCUUUAAACUUAAAAGAAGAUAAAACAAUUAAUAAAAUUAAUUAUGAUUUAACACCUUUUAAAGCUUUAACUUCAUUAACAUUAACUGCUCAAGAACGUAUUGACAGAAAAGUCCAAUUACCAUCACAAUUAAAAGAACUUCAUAUUGAUUGUUUUAUUCAUUUAAUUUCUCAUCUUAACCAAUUACCAAAUGGAUUAACAGCAUUAACAUUAAGACAAAUAGAUUCUCCAUCAAUACACUUACCAUUAAUGAUUAAAAACCUUCAACUUCGAUGGUUUAAUAAAUGUACAUCAAUUGAUAAUUUACAUGAAUUAAAUGAAUUAACAGAAUGUGAUAUUAAAGGAAUGGCAGUUAAAGAACUUUGUUUUUCUUAUUCUUUAAUGAAAUUAUCUUUAAUGUCAUGUCACAAAUUAGAAUCAGUUAAUGAUUAUGAUUUUAUUUUUGAUCUUAGACCAAUUGUACAAGACUGUCCAAAAAUAUUAUUCAAUUAA